AUGGCUCCCUUUGAACCCUCCAGGGCUGCUUGCCCAAGGCAUCUUCUCCAGUCGUCGACACCCAAAACUCCAGAACCCUUUGCUGAAAGCCAAGCGCAACCUCCAUCACCACCGCGACCAAGAUUUCGUUUAAGGAGACGGACUACAUCAUCACAGCUGAACGCGCCGACGCAACAGUUCCUCGCAUCAGUGGCGGCCGCCGACGUUCCCAUCCCUAGCAUCGAGGAGCCCCAAGUUUAUGACGACGAAGACAUGCUCAGCAUUGCUUACCCAGUGAUCCCGCAUCUGGACCGCAUCGACGAUGUCUCCUUGGGAGAGCAUUCGAGCAAAGCCAGAACCUUUUCGCCGCCCAAGACUCCAGCGCCGGAUCUGGCGCCAUCUCUAUCACCGAAGCAAUUCCCGGACUGGUCGAUUGAUGCGACCUUUAGCAGUCUCGAGUCCAGCCCCGAGUAUGAAAGCAGUCGACCUUCCACCGCGCGAUCAACCCAGACGAGCUCGUCUCUAUUCAGUCGUUUCUCGCUACCAUCAGAGGAUUUGAGCCAAUGUGCCAGCCCUGAGAGCGAGCAGUCAGAUCGGUUCGGCAGCUUCCUUUCGCCCGAUGAUGCCGACAGAACGUUCAAGCCAAUGUUGACAACAACCCGGUCCGCUAAAUCAAGAAAAGCGCCGUGGACAAAGGCAAUGAGCCAACACCUGUGGUCUACAUAUACGAUGUAUCUGCAGGACCCCAAGGUCACACCGUUCCGACCUGGCAAGAGCGGAAUUCCUCCCCCUGGCGUUUGUAUUCGCGUAGCCAGAGAAGCUAAGAGAAGCUGGAAAGGCUCUCGGCCGUUGGGCAAACCAGGAAAUAAAAGUGGCAGCUCAACACCAACGGCGGAAGCCUCUGGCACUUAUAUGCAGUGGCCUCAUACAUGCGCAGCAACCAGAGGUCACCUGAGAGAACUCUGCAAAGCACACAGUGGGCCGGCCUCGCGCAAUUUUCAAAAUCUUUGCAAUAGCCCGGCGCCGUUCGGCAAAAGCGUAAACCGGUUUUGGAACCGUCGAUCAGCGCCAGCUCGCUCUCCAUCUGUAUUCUCUGGAUCAGAUAUGGCCAUGUCCUUGACUGUUUGCACGUCAGAUUCUAUGCAACUUGAAGGACCUCUCGCCCAGCUGACCAGCUCGCAACCUGAGACAACAUCUCAAGAAGCUGCACCGGCAUCAACGUCGACAGAGCAAUCAAUGUUUGCCUUUGGCGGUAUCUUGGGGCGGCCCGGGCCCCGACUUGGGUCCCCCUUCAUGGCUAGAAGCUAUGGGCCUAGCUCAUCAACGGGGCUAGAAGACACCUUCAAUGUCAGGCCGGAAGCCCAAAGACAAGCUCGCACGGUUGGCACACGACGCGGCCUUGGGUCGCCAGUGAGGCUCGACCAGAGCCGGCCCAGCACGCAAAAGCGCCGAUCUAGACAGUCUGUUUUGGAACCCCCACGGCGCAUCAAACGCCCCAGUCUGGGCUCCGACUUCUGGACUGACCCAUCGAGCAACGAAAACGAGGGAUCCAGCGCUCCAUUCAUCGAAUUCAGCUCUACGGAUUCCAAGCACCACGAUAGCCUCUUUGUGCCUCGCACAAAUCUACAGGAACUCUUUGAGACGUCACAUCCAGAUCCAUCCUUGGCUGGAUCCGCGAGCUUCCCCCCCGCCGCGGGUCUGGCGCCCUCGCAAACGGUCCCCGCCAGACUGGGUUCCCCAUUCUCAGCCAAGGUCAUGAGCCACUCAUUCCCGAAUCGCCAUUCUAGCGUUUCGGCAAUCGAUGUGGGUGCCGUCUUCCGUCCUUUUGCUACUGUACACCAAGCUGGGGGUGAGCGGCCGAGCACCACGGCUUCCGCAUCUUCUGCCAAGACGCCUCUCGCCAACCGUCUUGCCUAUAUUGACGAACGCCUCAAAGGGUUUCGCCGCAGAGACAGAAACGGCCGACGGUCACAAUCACCAUUCUAA